CAAAGCUCAUUUUUCCCUCGUUCUCUCUCUCUCUCUCUCUCUCUCUGUAUCGGUUUGCCCGCCAAGAAAUCCAAUUCUCACAAACCAAACAGAGCUCUUCACAAUUCCCAGUAAUUUCAAUUCCAUUCUCAUUUUUCCAACUCCCAAAGCUUGGUGCUAUUUCCAGCACACCAAGCAAAAAUGGGACCCGGAAAAAUCGACAACCACCCGAGUCCCUCCAAACAAACCCUUCCUCCAAAUCCACACUCCUUCAAAACCCUAAUCCUCUUAAUCCAAUCUUCCCCACAGGAUUUGAAGCCAUCGCUCACCAAAUCAAUCUACUUCCUCUUGCUCCACUCGUCGCUAAACGCACCGCUUCACCGCUCCGAUUUCGAGUCCGUGCGUACUCUCUCAAACAUUCUGUUCGAAGAUCUCGAUCGGCGGUUCAAGCAGUUCUUCUUCUCCGACCUGCGCGACGUUUUCCGGGGAACGAGGUCGAGUGCGAAGGUGUGGGCCAGCGUGGAGCAGCUGAUUUUGAUCCUGAGGUGCUGUAUGGUUGUGUUGAAUUUGUUGGAGUUCGAUCCGAAUUUGCUUUGGAAGAAAGUUAGGGUUCUGCUUCUGAUUGUUAGGGUUUUGGUUUCUCUAGUGAGCGAGAGUGAGAAGAGCGAGAGUAGUGUUAAGUUUGAGAAGUUGUUUGGUGAUAAUGAUGAUGAUGAUGGUUGCACUGCCUCUGUGGCUGAGGACUUUGUGGCUUCGCUGUGUUUUCUCAAACCAUUGGAUCCUUGCCGGCCAUUUUUAUGCGCCUUGAUCGAGGUUUUGGCGGACGAGCUUCUAAUAAAUAAAUCAUUGAGAAAGUGCUUUAUGCUAGUUGAUUCUGCUUCCGGAAAUGAAGCACUGUUUAUGUGCCAUUUUGGUCAUGGGGAUAUUGAAAGUGUGCUGGAGGUGGUUUCUGUUCAUUUUGUCCUGUCAGUUUCAGAUGGGCAUGCAUUUGAUAAUUUCAUUAACAGGUUAGUGUGGCAGCAUGACAAUGAUUUUAGAAUUCCUGAACUGAGCCUCACUCCAGCCAUGUCAUUGCUUUUCAAUCCUGUCAUUCUUUCUGCACCAAAAAUGUUCCAGGCCCAUUUAAUUUCAUUGGUUUCGGAUGCCAUUGGCAUUGGCAUGUCUUCUAAGAAUUUGAGUCCAGAUCUUGGACUUAUGAAUUGCUACCUUACUACAUUUGAAAGGUCUGUCAUCUUGUACAGCAAACUCAUGUCUAGUUUGCAAGUGGGCGAUCAUUCUAUAGGAUCUACAGGUUCUGUCAAUCCAUGCGUGCUUGGGAAAAGUAAUCUGACUUUUGACUUAUGUGUUCAGCAAGGAACAAUAAAUAGAGUUUAUAAAGUAGUUUCCAAGGCAGAUGAUUUGUGGGAAUUUUAUUUACGCAAUAUGUUCUUUGGAACAAAGUCUGACUUGAUGACUGGAUCUAUUUCAUAUUUGAAAGAGAAUGGACAUGUUUUUGAGGAAUCAAGCAGAGAUGAGAAUUUGUCAAUCUUAGAUUGUAUAAUUCUUAAUGCUUUUUCCGAUGAUGUUAGUGAUACUGUAUUGUACAAAAAGGGGGAGACAAAUACCCAAGAUAUUUAUCUUCUUGCUUCUAUAUUGAAGUUAAUGAGUAGUUCAUUGGUACAAGCAAUUUGGUGUUUAAGGCAUAGUGGGAAUUUGGGAUGUCUGAAAUCCUUGGAAAAUGCUGCUUCAUGUAAGGAAUAUGAUUUUAUGGUGGGCAUAAUUCACUGUUUUCAAGAAUCCAGUGUAUAUCUUCCAGUUCAAAGAUUCUUGUGUGACAUUAUGAAAAUUUACCCAACAAGACAUAAGGAGUCCAAGUGGAUGUUUUUGCACUUUUCGGGCUUGCUGUCUUUAAGUUUUAAAAGUGGGCUUAAUUUCUUGGUGAAGGGAUGUAUCUCCAUGAUGAUGGCACUGAUUAAUCUAUUUGCAUUUGAAGAGGAUAAUUUGGCAGCUCUAAGGUCAUUGCUUGGUACCGGAUCUGUAGCCUUGUCAUCAGUAUCAUCCUAUGAUAAAGUUCAAGAGGCCCGGCUGGAACAUAAAUCUAGUAAAAGAGUUGCAUCAAGAUUUCAAAAGAUUCAGAUGCUUCACUUAAGCACGGAUCUCAGAAGCUUUGACCAGAAAUUACAAAAAGAGCAAGCAGAAACUUCACAGAAUGUGUCCAUCCUUAAUCACAUGAAGGAGUCUGUUGAUGGCACAGAGGAGGAAACAGUGAAAACCUGUAAUGGGGAGACGUUCCUGAAAUGCAUGUUAGGAGACUCUAAAAAUUUACCUGAUUUUGAUGAUCUAGCAGAUUUCAUUGAGUGCAAGCGUGGGAAGGAUUAUCAUAUUUGGUUGAAGGAUAAACAAAGACAUCGUAAAUGGAAAGGUGAGAAGAUGGCAGUCUUAAGGUUUAAGAAAAAGAGAAAGACUUGGAAGCUUUGGAAGCUUAUGAAAAGUCUGAAAAAUUAAAUCAUGUAUAGCUUUGUAUCUAUUUUGCACUAGUGUUGUAGGUUGACCAGCAAAUUUCUGUAGUAUAGAAAAUAGGUCCAGUAUACAACCAUCAUGAAGAUGGAAUCUCAAGUUUAAACUGGUGUGUUGCUUCUUAUAAACUAUGGUUACGCUUAUGUCUCUAAUAUUUACUUUUUGAGGAUGGGAAAAAUUUAUUGCCCAGGCUGUUUCUCUUGUU